AUGCUAGUAGCAUCACCUGGAAUGCUAGUAGCAUCACCUGGAAUGCUAGUAGCAUCACCUGGAAUGCUAGUAGCAUCACCUGGAAUGCUAGUAGCAUCACCUGGAAUGCUAGUAGCAUCACCUGGGAUGCUAGUAGCAUCAUAUGUAAUGCCAGUAGCAUUACCUGGGAUGCUUGUAGCAUCACAUGGGAUGCUAGUAGCAUCACCUGGGAUGCUAGUUGCAUCACAUGGGAUGCUAGUUGCAUCACCUGGGAUGCUAGUAGCAUCACCUGGUCAAUUAAAUAAAACUGAAUGGAAUAAAUUAAAAACAACAUUAUCAAUAAUACCAUGUAUACCAACAAAUCAAGGAAUGAAAAUUCCUAAUGAAUCAUAUAUUCCAUCAUCAAUUUUAUCAUCAGAUUUACCAAUUAUAAUAUUAAAUGUACCACAAAAUUUAACGGACGAUGAUGAUGAUGAUAAACAAUCAAUCAUAGAAAAUAUGGAAAAUUCUAUAUCAGCUGAAUUUCUUAAACGUUUAGGUUGUCGAACAGUAAAUGUACAAUCAUUUGUACAUGCACCAUCAUUAUUAACAAAUUCAACUAUAUCAAAUUCACAUACAAUGAAAACUUUAAUUCAACAUUUAAUGGAAGAAAGAGAUAAUAUGAGUGAAGGAGAUCUUCAUGCGCUAAAACAAAGUGAAUGUCUUAGAGAAAUUGGUGUACGUGAAGUACCUGAUUUACAAAAAUUAAUUGAUCGAAUUAUUGAAGAACAUAAUGAACAAAAGAAGGAAUCAAACAAAGAAUAUAAAUUACCAAUAGCACUUAAAUUUUUAGCUGAAAAUUUUCAACAACAUUAUUCAAAAUUAUGGAAAGCAGCUAAAAUUAAGCGACCUUUUCUUCCAUCUAUUUCACUAUCGAAAACUAUUAUAUUAUCAUUAUCCGAAGAAGUUUUUAAAGAUAAAAGUCCAUUAUGUGCAACAUUAUUGCCUAACGUUGUUCAAUUAUUUGAAGAAAAUUUCAAUAUAUCAUUACUUGGUGUUAAAGAUUGUCCAACAUUAACAACAGCUUUUGAUAUUUUAAUGGAAAAAAAAGAAGAAAUACUCAAUGUAGAAACAGCUCGAAAAAUUUUUGCUUAUAUGAAUGAACUUGAUGGUCUAAGUCGAACAUUAAUUGAACGUGUAUCCAAACUUGCUUUUAUUCCUCUUAAAGGAAAUGACAAUCUUAUGAAACCAUCACAAGUUUUUAUUCAUCCUGAUAAUUCAACAACAACAACAUCAUCAUCAAGAUUAUGA